UAGUUUUUCAUCUCCCUCAACAUAUGUUGUGUUUUAGAGACUUGACAGUUCAUUAAAGGUUGAUAUAUUUUAAUGCUAAAAACAUUCUUGUAUCAGAUGAAUGAAGGAACUUGACAGAACAGGUUUGUCUUGGGUGUAACAUUCUGAGAACAAGUGAAGCAUUUUCACAGCAAGCACUCUGCGAAAGUAGCAGUUCACAGAAACAAUGAAAGCAAGCUUUAAAGAAAUGCAGCAAAAAAGGCAAGUGAGAGAUGGUACUGUGGAGUCCCUCACUUCUAAUUUAACAGAAGAGAAAAGUAAGCGGCUCUGUGCUUUGCUGGGGAAUGUGGAACUGACUCUUCUCUACAAAGGUUCAGUUCAUGGAUAUCAAGCUCCUGCCUUCCAUCAGAGAUGUGACCGUCAGGGUCCCACUUUACUUGUAGCCUACAAUCAUUCAGGCUACAUUUUUGGUGGAUACACUAGUGUAGAUUAUACUCAGAGCGGGCAGUAUAUUACUGAUGAGGACAUAUUCAUAUUCAGUUUUCAAGGCAAGAUCCCCAUUUGCAUCAAAAUUAAUAGUGGACAUUAUGCACGUGUUGAUGAUGCUGGAGUGCCCAACUUUGGUCAACAGCUGUACUUUUGCUACAACAACCAACCAGUUGUGUAUAAUUCGGGAGGCAAUGCAUUCAGUCUUAAUACCACAACAAUGUAUGGGAACGACACUCAAUUGAGUGAAUGUGAGGUGUACAAAGUGGAACAAAGCUCUCAAGUCCGUACUGAGGGGAAACCUUGGAGGAAUGUUCUGUGGACAGCGGAUCGAAAAGAUGAGCUCAUGGAAAUGAUCAGGAACCAUAAACCUGUGAUGGCAUCUGUGAGUCGAGUCCGAAUCCUAAUGAUUGGUCCUGUAGGAGCUGGAAAAUCCAGUUUCUUCAACUCCAUCAACUCCAUCUUCAUGAGCCGCAUUACCAGCAAAGCCAUGUCAGGAUCUGCAGGCACUAGUCUCACCACACAGUUUCGCACGUAUCCAGUGAAUGACGGUCGUGAGGGAAAACCAUUGCCUUUUGUGUUGUGUGACACCAUGGGACUCGAGGAGCAAUCAGGUGCAGGACUGGAUAUUGAGGACAUCAGCAGCAUUCUUCAAGGACACGUACCAGACCGCUAUAAAUUCAACCCCACAACACCGUUUCAACCUGAUGAGCAGAAGUCCUCCAGACCUGCAUCUCUUCAGGAGAAGAUCCACUGUGUGGUGUAUGUGAUAGACGCCACCAAAAUCUCCCUCAUGUCUGACAAACUACAGGAAAAACUUGCUUCCAUACGCAGAAAAGUGAACUCACUGGGCAUCGCUCAGAUCGUCUUGAUGACAAAAGUAGAUGAAGCAUGUCCUCUAGUGGAGGAAAAUCUUCAAAGUGUUUAUGUCAGUUCCUACAUCAAGUCGAAGGUGCAGGAGGUGAGCUCUGGGUUGGGUGUGCCGGUGUCUUGUGUGUUACCGGUGAAGAACUACAGUCAGGAGCUGGAGCUGGAGCUCAACUGUGACGUCCUGCUGCUCACCGCUCUACAGCAGAUGCUCAACUUCGCAGACGACUAUCUGGAUGAUGCUGGUCAAAUGGAGGACAAUAUAUAUAUAUAGAUUUGGGUUAUGUGGUUUCAGUUGAGACUAGAAUGUAGUAGAAAAUAUGGGUAUGGUCAAUUAAGUAAUUUGAUGGUAAUCUGUAACAACGGUAGUCAAAUCUGUUAGUUACUUAUUGUGUCAAUAAUUAAGCAACCAAACUGCUUUAAAAGUAAUAAUAGAAUGGUGAGUGGGUGGUACUAAAAAACUCUUAACAUGCACUG